CAGAGGGAAUGCAAUGGAAUUUUCCAUGAUGCAGGGUAAACUACUUCCUCUCCCAGCCCCACCCUCCAGGCAUGAAAGAUGCACUGUCAGUAAAGCCAGGAUCAAAGGUCUUGGAGACACGGUUGCUAUCCUCCAAGGACAAAUGUCUCAUGAUUGGUGCCUUGGGUCUGUGACGUCACCUGCGGGCAGACUAUUUCUGGAGAAUGAGUUGCGUCUUUGAGAGAUUUUUCUAAUCAGGCCGGAGGAAGGCAAUUUAAUGAUUUCCGAGAGAAGCUCUCAGCACUACAGGAAGGUUUGAAAGAGGAGUACCUCGUGCAUACAGCAACCAAAGAAUGAGCGACGCCAAUACCCUCAACACCACAGGAGUGGCAACUGGUCCCACCACACCACGCAAGGGACCUCCCAAGUUCAAGCAAAGGCAGACAAGACAAUUCAAAAGCAAGCCCCCAAAGAAAGGAGUAAAAGGGUUUGGAGAUGACAUUCCAGGUAUGGAGGGACUUGGAACAGAUAUCACAGUGAUCUGUCCAUGGGAGGCUUUCAGCCAUCUGGAACUGCAUGAGCUGGCGCAGUUUGGUAUCAUCUAAAUCACCAGAAUCAUUGAUGGUGUCUUCCAAGGUUCCAGAAUGGUCUUCUUCACCAUUGACACUUAUUUUUGGCCCUUCCAUCCACCUGCCCAUUCUGUUGAGCAUGUGCAGGGUGGCUUCAUGAAAUUCACCUAGUCCUAAACAAUUCCUUCUCAGAUUAACUUGGCAAGAAGUUAUCAGGGACCGUGAAUAUUCACCAGGCCUCAUCUGAUAAAACUACUGGAAAUGUUUAAAAUAUCUCUGUAAAAUAUCCUGUCUUCCCCCUGGAGUAUUCAUGUGUGUAAAGUCUCACCUGUAUCCCCUGACUCCUGGGAUGCUGUAUGUAUGAAUUUUCACCCUAUAUCCCCUGCUCUGAGUUACCUGAGAUACUGUCUGUA